AUGCCUUCGACGACUGCUCUGGCCUCACUCGCAGUGGGCCUUGCUGCCCUGCAGGGUGUUCAGGCUGGGUUUGACAAUACAUCCAGCUCCAACGUCGCUGUCUAUUGGGGUCAGAAUUCCUACGGCCAAUCGAGCGGGAACCUUACUCAGCAGAGGCUUGCCUACUACUGCAACAACACUGACAUCGAUAUUAUCCCUCUGGCCUUCAUGACCGCAAUCUCCGACUCCACCGGCCACCCUCAACUCAACUUUGCCAACCAGGGUGACAAGUGCAGCACGUUCAACGGCACCCAACUGUUGAACUGUCCCGAGCUAGCAACCGACAUCCCGCUCUGCCAACAAACCUACAACAAGACCAUCCUCCUCUCCAUCGGCGGCGCCACCUACACCGAAGGCGGCUUCGCCACCGCCGACGCCGCCGUCACCGCCGCCGACAUGAUCUGGGCGGCCUUCGGCCCACCCCCCACCAACACCACCAACACCACGACGACGACCCUCCGCCCCUUCGGCGCCGCCCAAGUCGACGGCUUCGACUUCGACUUCGAGUCCACCGUCAGCAACAUCUCGCCCUUUGCGGCGCGGCUGCGCACGUUGAUGGAUACCGUCGAAGCGGGCGACGGCCGCCACCGCCUCCUCACCGCCGCCCCGCAGUGCCCGUACCCGGACGCGGCGGACGACGCGUUCCUCAGCGGGACGGGGGCGGUCCCCAUGGACGCCGUCUUCGUGCAGUUCUACAACAACUACUGCGGCGUGCAGAGCUUCGUGCCGGGCGCCGCGGAGCAGAACAACUUCAACUACGCGACGUGGGACGAGUGGGCGCGGACGGAGGCGGCGAAUGCGGGGGAGGUCAAGGUUUUCGUCGGGGUGCCGGGGGGGCAGGGCGCGGCGGGGUCGGGGUAUCUCGCGGCGGGGGAGUUGGAGCCCGUGUUGGAGUUUGUGGGGGGGGGUUAUGGGGCGUCGUUUGGGGGCGUGAUGGUGUGGGAUGCGUCGCAGGCGGUGGCGAAUGGGGGGUUUUUGGGGGAGGUGAAGGGGGAGUUGGUGGCGUUGGAGGGGGGGGAGGCGGAGGCGGAGGCGGAGGUUGAGGUUGAGGUUUGUGGUGGCGGGUAUGGUGGCCGGACUGCGUGGAGAGGGGUUGAGUUUCGGGCUUGA